GGUCCAUUUCCUAUCUCUUCAUUUUCGUUUGGGACACGGAUACCCUUAUCCUGCCUGCACUCCUCCGGCUUCCCUGUGGGUUCCGAGGUACAGCCAUCGGCGCAGUGUUCUACCGAUGGCAGCAACUUCUCCCACUCCUCUCGCUGCUCCCCAGCUGCCAUUCUCACCCAGGAGGCCUCCCCCCAGGCCCAUCUCCAAAGAGCUGCACUUCAACCAUGACCUCUCUGCCACCAAGAAGCUACAGGCUGGAGUGGACUUGGUGGCGAAUUUGGUUGGAGUGACUUUGGGUCCCAAGGGAAGGAAUGUGGUGCUGGGUAACAAGUAUGGCCCUCCUAGGAUUGUCAAUGAUGGGGAGACUGUUCUUAAAGAGGUUGAAUUGGAAGACCCAUUGGAGAAUGUGGGUGUCAAGUUGGUGAGACAAGCCGGUGCAAGAACAAAUGAUCUUGCUGGUGAUGGAUGCACUACUUCCAUCAUUCUUGCUCAGGGUUUGAUUUCUGAAGGUGUUAAGGUACUAGCUGCUGGAAUGAAUCCUAUACAAGUUGCAAGGGGAAUUGAAAAAACUGCUAAAGCUCUUGUUUCCAAACUCAAGUUGAUGUCAAGGGAGAUUGAAGACAACGAAAUUGCAAAUGUAGCAGCAGUUAGUGCUGGAAAUGACCAUGCAGUAGGAAGUAUGAUUGCAGAAGCUGUUAGAAGAGUUGGUAGGAAAGGUGUAGUUAGAAUUGAAGAUGGAAGAAGCACAGAGAACGGCUUGCAAAUUGUUGAAGGCAUGCAAUUUGAUCGUGGUUAUUUGUCACCAUACUUUGUUACCAAUCGUGCAGAUAUGCUAGUGGAGUUCAACAACUGCAAGAUACUUUUGAUUGACAAAAAAAUCACCAAUGCAAGGGAGAUGUUAAAAAUAUUGGAUGGUGCAGUCAAAGAGAAUUUUCCGUUGUUGAUAGUUGCAGAGGAUUUUGAGCCAGAAGCUCUUGCCCCAGUUAUUAGAAAUAAACUCAAAGGUGUUCUGAAGGCAGCUGCUAUCAAAGCUCCCUCCUUUGGAGAGCGAAAGACUGACUACUUAAAUGACAUUGCUGUCUUGACUGGAGGUACUGUUAUUAGAGAUGAUAUGGGAUUGACUCUUGACACGGUUGGCAAGGAGGUUUUGGGUUCUUCUGUGAAGGUGAUAAUAGGAAAGGAUUCAACUUUAAUAGUAACUGAUGGGAGCACCCAGCAUGCAGUGGAAAAGCGGGUUGCUCAGAUAAGAAGUCUUGAACAGUACUCUGAAGAGAAGUUCCAGAAGAAAAUACUGAAUGAGAGGAUAGCAAGGCUAUGUGGUGGUAUUGCCAUUAUUCAGGUAGGUGCACAAACAGUGGUUGAAUUGAAAGACAAAAAGCUGAGAAUUGAAGAUUCUCUAAAUGCAACAAAGGCAGCUAUUGAAGAAGGUGUUGUAGUUGGUGGUGGGUGUACGUUAUUAAGGUUAUCUACCAUGGUUGAUGGUAUCAAAGAUUAUCUGGAUAAUGAAGAACAGAAGAUUGGUGCUGAUAUCUUUAAACGGGCCUUAAGUUACCCUGCAAAACUGAUAGCAAAAAAUGCUGGCGUAAAUGGAGAUGUUAUUGUCAACAAGGUGUUGUCUAAUGAUGACAUAAGAUAUGGCUAUAAUGCAGCUAUGAACUGUUAUGAGGACUUGGUAGCUGCUGGCAUUUUAGAUCCAUCCAAGGUUGUUAGAUGCUGUUUGGAGCAUGCUGCUGCUACUGCAAAGACUUUUCUCACCUCUGACCUGGUUGUUGUGGAUGUAAAGGGAACAGAGACCAUUUCGAUGAGAAUGCCACCACGAAGACCAAUGCCGAUGUCUAAUAUGAUGCAACCACCCUUGCCAGCAUCUAAAUUUAUGCGGAUGCCAGGUAUUGCACUUUAGACCAUUGGAGCUGUUUAGCAUGCAUUAAUUGCUUUGGCAUCACUCUGGAGCUGAUAGAGUUGGAUGUGAUUGUUGCCAUUGUGAUUUGCCAAAGAGACAAUGGUUAAGGAAACACUGGAUGAGAAAUCUAACCAGAUAAUGAGUUCACCUGAUUGAUUUCAGACAAGUUCAUAUCCAAAUUCUCUUUCCAGAUGCUGCUUGAAUGGAUUUCAGGAAGAAAGCCAUGACAAGAUUAAUCGUUGGAUCGAGGUAACAGUGUAUUGCAGGUGCCAUACAAUAUGAUGGAUCAGCAAACUUGUAGUCUCUUUUACUGCAAUCUGUACUGAUGUUUUACAUCCCAUACCUGUUUGAAUACUAACCACAAACAGAUCAAGAGAUACUGUUCUUUCUUUUUACUUAUUGAGGAAACUUCUACCCUGUAAAUGACUGUUAUGGCUUUAACCUUAGCAGAUACUUGUUGUUCCA